AUGGCCGAAGAAAUAGAGAAGUUUCUUGAAUUACUAAAUAAAGAAGGAAUUCAUAAUCAACUUGCAUGCUUAGGAAGACUGUAUCUGCCAAGGGAUGAUCUAGAAUGUGGACUACAUGGUGUUGAGCAAAGAAGCGAGCUUAUGCUUCGCCAACUUCACAGUGAUCUUGUAAAUACCGUUCGAUAUCUAGCAGGAGGAAGCUCAUAA